GAGACAUUUUCUUCUUUGACUACCUGAAACUUUGUUAUAAAUUUUGGUUAGUGAGAGACAUUUUCUUCUUUGACUACCUGAAACUUUGUUAUAUGUUCCCGUGUAGAAAUGUGCAAUGUCCUGUUUGUACUUGAUGUAAUUCAUCCCAAUCAACUGUGUAUUCUUUUUUUGGCCUAUCUUUUGUUAUAUAGAUUUGAAUGUGUAUCCUGCUUUUUUUGCUUUUUAACUUGUUUUAGAUGCUUACAAUUGGGGAGUUUCGUGGCUAGUAGAGUUCUCUCAAAUCCUUUGUAUCGUUACUGCUGGGGUUUGUCAUGUAAUUGGAAAAUUACUGGUUCGUUUUAGAUGAAAUUCGAAAAUUAGGGAUUUACUAUGUAAUUUGUAUCCAGCUCUAUGGUGGAUUGUUUUAGAUGCAAUUCAAAAUUAGGUGUUAAUUCAAAGUAACGGGUUUGUUUUAUUUCCUUUUUAGCAAAUACAAAUAGGCAUUUCUUGUCUUGUUCUGUCAGUGGUGGACAAGCAAGAUCUCUUCCCUUAAUAUCUUCUUCAAUUUAUUGGAACAUAUUGGAAAAUUAUUGUGGAUUGUAUCAAUGAUAUAUUUGCGGAGACCCCUUCAGCCUUAGCAUGUUAAUAUAGGUCUCUUUCAAAAUGUUGGAAUACCUAAGGGCUAAGAUAUGGGUUUCAUAGCACUAUGCUUUGUUUGCUAAUGAGGAUUGGGUGUCAAAAUAAUGAGGAUUAAGUGGCUGAGCAUUAGCAAAGUGGGAAAGCAAAUACAUAGGAGAGUGAGAUUACUAGGUGAAGAUGAAUGGAUUGGUCACGCAUACUACUUGGAGUGUGUGGCACUAUAUUCGAUUCGAUUAUAAAUGACGAGUACUGGAUAUUGGGUAUUGUUUGCUAUAGUCAAAGGAAAAUCAAAAUCUAAUGGGUAUUGUUUGUAUGCAGUAAAUUUUAUUUAUAUUUUUCUUUUUUCACAGAGCGUCUGCUUGCUUUUAUAUAGGAUGGAGAAAUCCCAACUUUCUAGGAACCUCUCAUGACUUUGGCUUUUCACUCUUUCUGGAAUCACGUGCGGAAGUUUACAAACAAGCUUCAUUUAACUCAAAGUUUCUGCAACAUUUCUUCAAACAACAUGGCAGAUGGUGGUAAAAGUUUUGCAAGGAGGGACCGUCUCCUUGAGAUUGAGUCAAAGGUUCAGGGUUGGUGGAACGAGCAUGAUGUUUUUGUAUCUGAGCCGGGACAGAAGCCACCAGGUGAUGGAGAAAAGUUUUUUGGAAACUUUCCAUUCCCAUACAUGAAUGGAUAUCUGCAUCUUGGACAUGCAUUUUCACUGUCCAAGGUAGAAUUUGCAGCAGCUUACCAUAGACUGAGAGGAGCCAAUGUGCUCUUUCCCUUUGGUUUCCACUGCACUGGCAUGCCUAUCAAGGCUGCUGCUGAUAAACUUGCCAGAGAAAUUCAGCUGUAUGGAAAUCCACCUGUGUUUCCUUCUGCAGUGGAGGAAGAAGUUUGUCAGCCUUCAGAACAAGAGAAUGUAAAUGCUGGCUCACAGCUUCCUGUUGAGAAGUUUAAGGGAAAGAAGUCCAAAGUUGCUGCUAAAACUGGAAGACAGCUUUACCAGUGGGAGAUUAUGCGCAGUUUUGGCCUUUCAGAUCAAGAAAUUUCGCAGUUUCAGGAUCCAUAUAAAUGGCUGACAUAUUUUCCACCUUUAGCAGUUGAAGAUUUAAAAGCCUUUGGCUUGGGUGUUGACUGGAGGCGCUCUUUUGUGACUACAGAUAUCAAUCCCUACUUCGAUUUGUUUGUGAGGUGGCAAAUGAGGAAGCUCAAAGCAGCCGGUAAGAUUGUGAAAGACAAAAGAUACACAAUCUUCUCUCCUCUGGAUGGACAACCAUGUGCAGACCAUGACAGGGCUUCAGGAGAAGGGGUCCAACCUCAAGAAUACACCAUAAUCAAGAUGGAAGUCAUUUCACCGUUUCCUGCAAAAUUGAGUGCUUUAGAGGGCAGGAAAGUAUUUUUGGCUGCUGCAACAUUGAGACCUGAGACCAUGUAUGGCCAAACAAAUGCUUGGGUGUUGCCAGAAGGAAAAUAUGGUGCUUUUGAAAUUAAUGAGACUGAUGUUUUUAUUGUUACCGAGAGAGCAGCCCUUAACCUUGCAUAUCAAAACUACUCAAGGAUCCAUGAGAAGCCAACUUGCUUGGUUGAGCUUACUGGUUAUGACUUAAUUGGUUUACCUCUGAAGUCUCCGCUUGCUCAAAAUGAAAUCAUUUACACUCUCCCCAUGCUAACUAUCUUGACAGAUAAAGGUACUGGGGUAGUUACAAGUGUCCCUAGUGAUGCUCCUGAUGAUUAUGUGGCUCUUCAUGACUUGAAGUCAAAACCAGCUCUGCGGGCAAAAUUUGGUGUGAAGGACGAAUGGGUUCUUCCCUUUGAGAUCAUUCCCAUUAUUAAUAUCCCUGAUUUUGGAGAUAAGCCUGCUGAGAAAGUCUGCUCUGAUUUGAAAAUCAAAAGCCAAAAUGAGAAAGACAAGCUUGCUGAAGCUAAGCGAUUAACUUAUUUGAAGGGUUUCACUGAAGGAACAAUGCUUGUUGGUGAGUUUGCUGGGGAAAAGGUCCAGGAUGCCAAGCCAAAAGUCAGAAGUAAGCUGUUGGAAGCAGGUGAAGCGAUUGUGUAUAGUGAGCCUGAAAAAAAGGUCAUGUCUAGAUCAGGCGAUGAAUGUGUUGUGGCUCUAACAGACCAGUGGUAUAUCACUUAUGGUGAGCCUGAAUGGAAAAAACUUGCUAAGGAGUGCUUGGAUACAAUGAAUUGCUACUCCGAUGAGACACGCCAUGGUUUUGAGCACACCUUGAGCUGGCUUAAUCAGUGGGCCUGCUCAAGGUCGUUUGGCCUAGGGACCCGCAUUCCUUGGGAUGAGCAAUAUCUAGUGGAGUCCCUUUCUGAUUCUACCAUAUACAUGGCUUAUUAUACUGUUGCUCAUUUCCUGCAAAAUGGAGACAUGUAUGCAUCCCAUGCUGGUUCCAUAAAGCCAGAACAACUUAGUGAUGAAGUUUGGGACUUUUUAUUUUGUGGUGGUUCAUAUCCUCAGUCGUCAGAUAUUGAUCCAAAUGUGCUUAACCAGAUGAAGCAAGAAUUUGAAUACUGGUAUCCUUUUGAUCUUCGGGUGUCUGGCAAGGACCUUAUCCAGAACCACUUGACAUUCAGCAUUUAUAAUCACACUGCAAUUAUGGACAAACGCCACUGGCCCCGUGGGUUUAGAUGUAAUGGACACAUUUUGUUGAAUGCUGAGAAGAUGUCCAAGUCCACCGGGAACUUCAGGACUUUACGAGAAGCUAUUGAAGAAUUCUCUGCUGAUGCAACACGUUUUGCUCUGGCUGAUGCUGGUGAUGGAGUAGAUGAUGCAAAUUUCGUGUUUGAAACUGCAAAUGCAGCAAUUCUCCGUCUUACAAAAGAGAUUUCAUGGAUGGAAGAAGUUCUUGCUGCAGAUUCUGCACUGAGAUUGGGUGCGCCAUCUACAUAUGCUGAUCGGGUGUUUGAAAAUGAAAUCAAUUUAGCAAUAAAGCUGACUGAGCAAAGCUACCAGAACUACAUGUUCCGAGAAGCUCUGAAAACAGGAUUUUAUGACUUGCAAGCUGCUAGGGAUGAAUAUAGGUUUUCUUGUGGGGCUGGUGGCAUGAACAGGGCUUUGGUACAACGUUUUAUGGACAUUCAGACACGGCUAAUUACACCGAUUUGCCCUCAUUAUGGAGACUAUGUUUGGAAGGAGCUGUUGAAAAAGGAUGGGUUUGCAAUAAAAGCUGGGUGGCCUGUUGCUGAUGCACCUGAUUUAACCCUCAAGAGUGCAAACAAAUAUUUACAAGAUUCAAUAGUGCUGAUGAGAAAGCUACUCCAAAAGCAAAUUCUGGGUUCCAAGAAGGGUAACAAAAAAGGAGCCCCUGUUCAACAGCUUACAGAGGACAAGCACUUGAUUGGCUUGAUUUAUGUCAAUGAUAGAUAUGAUGGAUGGAAGGAAGAUUGCUUGAAGAUACUCCAAAGCAAAUAUAACUCUGAAAACAACACCUUUGCACCAGACAGCGAAAUAAUGGAAGCACUGCAGAAAAGUGAACUAGGAAAGGCUACCAAUUUCAAACAAAUCCAGAAGCUGUGUAUGCCAUUCUUGAGGUUCAAGAAGGACGAGACGCUUUCUCUGGGUCCGCAUGCCUUGGAGUUGAAACUUCCUUUUGGUGAGAUAGAAGUCCUUUUGGAGAACCUUGACUUGAUCAAGAGGCAGCUUGCACUCGAGCAUGUAGAGAUCUUGUCUUUUCAAGAUGAUGAAGCUGUUGCCAAGGCUGGACCUUUAAUGUCAGUCCUCCGACAAAACCCUCCAUCCCCUGGUAAUCCUACUGCCAUCUUUUUGUCAAGAUGAUGAAGACUAGACUGAAUUUUCUGUGCUUUUGAUUUAUUUAUGAAUUUUGUUGUGCUAGGCUAGUAUAAUAAACUCUUGAAAUCACCGUUCGUUUGCAUAUUCUUUUGUUAAAGAAAUUUAAAUUAAAUGUUUUAUCUGGAGUUUUUGUGAA